AUGAAUGCCGAACUCAAGGUUUCGUGGGUUCCAAGCCCGGACAUCCAGCCUCAUUCGUCCCCGAUUCUGUAUCGGAUCUCCUCUCUCUACUCCUGCAAACCCUUGCCGUCGAUUCCCCCUGUCGGCACCUCCCGCGUCUUCAAACCAGCCAUCCCUUCUGCAUCUCCAAAGAUGUCUCGACAAAGCUUUGUGGUUCCGGAUGAGGAUCCGAGAUGGGCGACACACUCGCCUGUCGCCCCACAGUGGUUUAUUCCUCCAGAUCUCAAUGCCCUUCCGACCUAUGACAUUUUACUUAUUGAGACGAUGCCCUGCGAUGGCGAAUUCAUCAACCCCAUCAUAUUCUUUACGCCACAGCGGAUCCAGGCCGCGAAGUGUGAAAUGUUGCACACCGAUUCUUUGACACGUCAGAGUGAGAACCAAGGGGGUGCGGACCCCGAUUAUUGA